AGAAUUCGUAAGAGCGUCUCGCUGCGAAAUCACCUGCAGUCCAUCUAGUGCUUGCCGGCAAUUACCAACGACCACCACUAGUGCAAUCAAAAAUCAUAUCAAACCUUCAACAUACUUGCCAUAAGUGAAUCAUUCGAUAUACAGUGGGAUUUAGUGAAUUCCAAAACUAUCGCAAAGGGACCGAGUUAAUAGUUAAGGCCCUGCGGGGCCUCGGAUGAACUUUUGAGAACUCUACAAACAGACGACUGAAAAAUGGAACAAUUCGAGCAACUCUUAACAUGUGCCAUUUGUCUGGACCGUUAUCGCAAUCCCAAGUUGUUGCCAUGCCAACAUAGCUUUUGCAUGGAACCAUGCCUGGAGGGUUUGGUGGAUUACGUCCGAAGACAGGUAAAAUGUCCGGAAUGUCGAGCGGAACACCGCAUCCCUUAUCAAGGGGUGCAGGGUUUUCCAACCAAUGUCACCCUUCAAAGAUUCCUGGAACUUCAUAUUGAAAUAACUGGCGAACUUCCGGAUCCAACAAGUGGUCAAGUUAUGGAAAGAUGUAAUGUUUGCUCAGAAAAAGCGUAUUGUAGUUUUUGUUCCCACUGUGAUAAGAAAAUCUGUGAAGAAUGCAAGGGAGCUCAUAUGGAAAUCCUUCGGCGAGAAAUAUCCCGGAUUAAUAACCAAAUCCGACGAGGCAUACAUAGGUUACAAGAUACUUUAUCUCUAGUCGAAAAAAACACUCAAAGUAUUCAAUCGAAUUGCUCGUCGGUUAGUGAAGAAGUCGAGGAGAUUUACCGGAGACUCUCCAAAGCUCUCAAAGACCGGACGGAAUAUUUACGAGGUGAAAUCGAUCGGUAUUUAGGAACGGAACUAAAAAGUUUGACCAAUUUGAAGGAAAACUUGGAACAAGAAAUUUCUAACAUUUUGAGCAACUGUGACCUGGCCGAUAAGCACAUGAAUGAAAACGUGGAUAUUUGGGAUGACUGCGAGCUGAUGGACGCUAAAGAAAUUUUCUUGAAGACAGUUGAAUUUAUCCGGAAUUUCGAAUAUGAAAACACGGAUUAUACACGCAAAAUUCGCCUGGUUUUAGCUCACGACCCAAAUCAACUCGUUCUGCACGUUGCCGGCUACGGGGAUCUAAACUUAGCAAAUCAGCACUUUAGUCAAGGUUCGGGAAUGUUGCAACCACCAGGACCGGGAUUAAUGAGGUCCAAAAGUGACCAUCGACUAGCCUCACAAUUCAGACAACAAGAGGAAAGAGGGUAUGACAGAGGUUACGGCGACCAAGACGAGGCACUCCUCGGAGGCCGUAAGUUCGGGGAAAGACCCAAAACAGAGAGAUACGGUGAUAGAUACCGAGGCAGUGACUAUGGUGACGACUACGAUAAUGACUCCAGGCCGGCCAGAUCUAGAUACAGUCGAUUUAGAAGACAUGGACAAGAUAACGAUUCUGAUGGAGAACAGCAGGGUCGUGGAGUUAGAUUCGAACAACCGAAAGUUGAACGCGAAAAAGUCCUCGAUACUGAAGACGUAGCUCGAGGUCCUUUAAGCGGUAUUACCCGUCUCGCUGACUCUCCCCGAGUCAUGAAAAAACUACAGGAGAAUGAAAGCGGAAAAAAGAAGGAGAAAGAAACUCCUCCACAACCCGCACCUCAACCAAAAAUUGUACCAAAACGGCCUCCACCCCCUACAAACAGACAAGUAAGCGAAGAAGACGAGAUCGCUAAAAUAAAGAAACAAAAUAAAGGUGCCACCACCUCCACCGAGAGUGAAACCAGACCUGCCGAACGCACCGAAGAAAGACACUCGACUCAGAGAAAAACCCCCGCUCCCGAGGCCAUCUCCAGUCCUGAAGAAUCCGACGAAUCUCUUACUUCGUUGCAACAGACACAACGAAAAACGGCCGCGAGUAAAACGGGCGCGGCGACAAGAAGAGCCUCGGAUGCGGGGCAUAAAAAAUCUGCGCGAUCAGCCAGCUCCGAUUCAAAUACUUCAACAGAAUCGACAGCUUCGUCGAAUGCUAUACGAACCACUGGGGCUCCGUUCACGACUGAAGAAGUUAAACAGAAGUAUUUAUCAAGAGGGAGUGUGGAUGCGUCUGCAAGAGUACAACCAACAGCAACCAAAGAACAGACACAGAAGCCGUUCCAAAGUCGGUUUCUUCACAAUAAAACUACUACACCACCAGCAACGACCAAAGAUGAAGAUGAGACUGAAACCACUUCGGAGGAAGAAACAGAAAGUGAAGAAGAAUCUGACGAUGACACUAGUAAAAAACCAGAUAACAAAGAAAUGGCAAAGACUGAUAUUGGUCCUCUUUUGGCUAGAAGUGCCCACGCUAGAGACGGCAGUGCUGAAAACGCUCGGAAAAGCAGCCGAGACGAAUCCUCAACCUAUACUCGACCUAGGUAUGGAGUCCCUAAAGAAGACUCGCCCCCUAGGUCACGAUACAGCCGGAGGACUUCAGCGGUACAAGAUGAGGAACCUCCUAGAUAUGGUUACACUAGCCGUUUUCUCAAUAAAAGCAAAAGCUCAGCUGCCAUACCACCUGAAGAAGAUGACCACAAGUACAGUUCUACUCUUGGUGACGAUUCAGACAGUAAAUAUGGAAGUGGCCGGUCAAGAUACAUGGCUUUGAAAGAGCGAAGACAGAGACUUGCGCGUAGUAGAAGUAGUCAACAGUUUGGCGAUGAGGAGGAUAUCGAUGAACCCAUUUCACCAACUUCAUCGAAUCCAUCUGCAUAUUUAGCGUCUCGCGGUUACGGCUCUGCAGCAUCAUCAGGGCAUGAUCUUGCAAGAAGCCGGUCCUCACAUGCAUUAAAAUCGCGCGAUAAUUCGCCCGAUAGGUCAAACGCGACGGAGAAAGAUGGGGCAGCGUUGAGUUCUUGGGCCAGAUAUUUAAAGAACAAGUACGGAAAUAGAAAUAGUGGUAAAGAUAAGGAAUCGAGUAGUAGUUCGAUGACGCCGACGAGUAGUUCGACGACGGCGAGGAGACUUUCCCUUGGUCUUCCACUGAGGUCUUCCACGGAGUUAGGGAGCUCGGAUGACGAUCAAAAAAACAUGCAAGGCUCCCCCACUACCCCUCCUACAGCAGCUACGGCGGCAGCCGGUAUCGCAGUGGCAGUGGCAGGUACCUCCCCUAGGAGUCAAUACUUGCAGAAAUGCCAACAGCUGUUCGAAAUUGGUAGUCGGGGGAGCGAAGCCGGAUGUUUCACCUGGCCUCGCGGCGUUGCCGUGGGCCCCGAUAACUCCAUCGUAGUAGCGGAUUCUUCUAAUCAUCGAGUACAAGUUUUCGAUUCAAAUGGAAGAUUUUUGAAAGAAUUUGGACAAUAUGGCAACGGUGAAGGAGAAUUUGAUUGUCUUGCAGGAGUUGCAGUUAACAGAAUAGGACAAUUUAUCAUAGCAGAUCGGUACAAUCACCGAAUUCAAGUCUUUGAUCCUUCGGGAAGAUUUUUAAGAGCUUUUGGUAGCCAAGGCACGGCCGAUGGUCGCUUUAACUAUCCGUGGGGCAUUACCACUGAUGCCUUAGGGUUUAUUUAUGUUUGUGAUAAAGAAAACCACAGAGUCCAGGUUUUCCAAUCCGAUGGUACUUUUGUUGGUAAAUUCGGCUCCAUGGGUAGCAAAGAAGGACAACUCGAACAUCCUCACUACAUCGCCGUUUCUAACACAAACCGGGUUGUUGUUUCCGACUCAAACAACCACCGAAUCCAAAUAUUCGACGUAAAUGGCAAAGUUUUAUCUUCUUUUGGUUCUGAAGGCUCGGACGAUGGUCAAUUUAAAUUUCCCAGAGGUGUUGCAGUUGAUGAUCAAGGAUACAUUUGUGUUGCUGAUUCCGGAAAUAAUAGAAUACAAAUCUUCCAUCCUGAUGGAACAUUUUUACGUUCAUUCGGUUGUUGGGGCAUUGGUAAAGGCGAAUUUAAAGGCCUAGAAGGUGUCGCAAUGACUCCCAAUGGACACAUACUGGUGUGUGAUCGAGAAAACCACAGGAUACAAGUGUUUUAAAUUAAACCAAUUUAAUAAUCUAAUACUUUUUUUUUCAUUUUAACAGUGUGUUAACGACUUACAAGCAAUAAAUAUUUGCAUUUCUCA